AUGUACCAUGAAAGUUUUAUCCAACUCAGUCUUAAUGGAAGUGACCUAAUGAAGAGGUCAGUGGCAGUCCAGAAGUAUCCACCAGAGCUAGAUUGCACCGAUGACAAACCGUUCAGGAUGAGUUACAAUUUAUUCCUCAUCGAUGUCUUGGAUGUUGACCAAAUCAAUCAGUUGAUGACUGUCUUAGCCUACGUUCAAAUAGAAUGGAGCCAGAAUGACCUUUCAUGGAACUCAACCGAGUACGACAACAUAGAAAGUGUUUUACUGGACUCUUCCACUAUUUGGGUGCCCACUCUACGUAUUUUAGUUGGAAGCAAAGACUCUCACCUGUAUGAAAUGAACAACAAAUUAGUGGUCAGCUCCAGCGGCGUAGUUCGAGCCCAGGGUAUAAGCUAUGUCACAUUUCGGUGCAAAAUAGAUGUCAAAAAAUAUCCGUUUGAUUCGCAGACGUGUUCAUUCGGGAUCUACAAGGAAAAUCUUAUGCUGGCUAAAAUUGAGGUGGAUCCGAACUGUGAACGAUCAUCAGCAAGUAAUCAAGACUACAUCACUGAAGGAGAAUGGGAAACGCUAGAUUAUUUUUGCGAGCCGUUUCAGGAUCUGAACCAUGAGAAGUAUCCACGAUACUCAUUCGUCGUCAGGAGACGUAGGGUUUAUUACGUCAUCACCGUGGUGUUCCCCAUGGUUCUGACGUCAGUGAUGAUCCCGCUGGUGUUUCUGAUCCCGACAAAAACCGGAGAGAAGAUUUCCUACCUGGUGACCAUGUUCACAUCCACAGCAAUAUUUCUAAGCUACAUCAGUACCGUGAUGCCGAGGAGUCUGUCUGAUACGCCGUACUUGGCAAUGCUACUCUUAGAAGUCUUGUGUGAAGGGCUGUGUGCGAUGCUAGCUACUCUCUGGGUCGUCAAUAAGUCUGACAGCGUACAAUUUGUAAGUAGAGAAAUAUGA